CCGCCGGGCCUGGCGGAUGCACCGAAUCACCGCCGACAUCCCCGGGCCUGCGCCCUACCCGCUCAUCGGCAACCUGCUCCAGAUGCUGCUCCCCAUGGACCGCGUGUACCACCUCGUGGACUCGCUGUGCUCGCAAUUCGGCUACCUCAUCAAGACCUGGUACGGCCCCAUCCUGGCCAUCAUGGUCCUGGACCCGGAGGACCUGCAGGUGGUGCUGACGAGCCCGACCCUAGCCAGCAAGCCAGAUGUGUUCUACGACGGCGUGAAACGCGUCCUGGGCAUGGGCCUCAUUACGCUCAACGGCAGCGACUACAAGCGGCACCGCAAGGCCAUCACCACCUCCAUGCACUUGGACAUCCUGCAGGACUUUGUCGCCACGUUCGGCACCAACUGCCGCGAGCUGGAAGCCCGCCUGGACCCGCUGGCCGCGACCGGCGAGGUGUUCGACGUGGCGCACCACCUGGGCCUCAACGCCAGCCUCACCGUCUGCCAGACCGUGCUGGCCGCCGAGGCCCCGGGCCUGGACGCCGAGCGCGACGAGUACGUCGAGAUCGUCCACGACGCCAGCAAGAUGAUGCUGUACCGCGGCCUCAGGCCCUGGUUCCGCUGGGAGGCCUUGUUCAAGCUGCUGUCGCCGGAGUACGGUCGGUUCCAACGCGUGGUAGCGGGUAUGACAAACUUUGCCAACAGAGUUCUCACGCAGAAGAUGCAAAAGCUGCAGCACAUUGCGGCCGCGCCCCCAACGAAGCGCCGUCAGACAUUCCUCGACAAGUUCUUGUCGUCGUCCGAGGCGAAUGUGCUCACGCGCGGCGAACUGCUGGACGAGCUCAAGACAUUGCUGUUUGGUGGAGUCGGCACUUCCAUGGACUUCCAGACCCUGUUCAUGCUGAGCAUGGCCUUGAACCAGGGAGUGCAGCGUAAGGUGCAGCAGGAACUGGACGACGUGUUCGGGUCGGACAGGGGCCGCGACAUCCUGGCCACGGACCUGCCCCACAUGAAGUACCUGGAGUGCGCCCUCAAGGAGACACUGCGUUUCUUCCCUCCUGUGCCGGUCUUCGGGCGCAUAGUCCUCCAGGACGUGCCGCUGCCGUCGGGCAAGGUCUUACCCGAGGGCUGCUACGUGGGCAUCUUGCCCUUGUGGACGCACCGCCACCCCAAGUACUUCCCCGACCCGGAGCGGUUCGACCCCGAGCGCUUCACGCCCGAAAACAGCAGAGACCGGCACCCGUUCGCGUUCAUACCGUUCAGCGCCGGGCCCAGGAACUGCAUCGGCCAGCGGUACGCCCUGAUGUUCGCCAAGACGGUGGCGGCCUCGGUGCUGCGCCGCUACGACGUGCUGCCCGACCCCGACGGCCCGCGCCGCCUCGUGGACGUGCCCCUCGUGGGGGGCAUCUCGCUGAGCGUCAAGGGCGGCGUCAAGGUGCGCCUGCGCCGCCGGGGGCUGCACGGUCUCGAGCACGCCGAAGAACCCCCGGUCUACGGCCUGUGA